AGACAAAAAAAGAAGAGGAAAAAGACCCACAAAACACUGAAGGAGAGGAAAAAGAAGAAGAAGAGGAAGAAGCAGGGAACAGCUGACUCGAUAAACAAACUUGAGAUGACUCGCUCCACCCUCGACAUUUUCCUAUAAAAGAGGAUCACCCAUGAGUCACGCCACUCGCGGGCUGGCGCAGGAUGGCAUCUCUGAGCCUCAUGGUGUGCCGCUCUGCUCUUUGGCUGAACUAAAGCUGCGUUUUUUGUGCCGAAGUGACCUACCUGAGGUCAAAGCUUUGUGUCGCGAGUGGUUUCCCAUAGACUAUCCUGAUGUGUGGUAUGAGGACAUUACGACCAAUGAGCGCCUCUAUUCUUUGGCUGCAACAUAUAACAUGCAGAUUAUUGGGCUUUUGGUGGCUGAAACCAAGCCUCUGUCUAAGAUGAAUAAAGAGGAUCAAGAUAUCUUACCUCCAUCUUUGACUGGGGAAACUCAGAUUGGCUACAUCUUAACCCUGGGUGUAAGUAAUGCUCAUCGUGGUCAUGGUAUUGCUUCGCUGCUCCUGGACAACUACCUCUCUCAACUCUCUGCUCAUGGGACGCCCCGAGUGCAGGCUGUGCUCCUGCAUGUUCUCACCACCAACCAGCAGGCUAUUGCUUUUUAUCAACGCCGCAACUUUGUACGUCACACAUUUCUACCGUAUUAUUACAACAUCAAGGGGAAGCCCAAGGAUGGUUUUUCCUACGUGAGAUAUGUGAAUGGAGGACAUCCACCAUGGACUCUGCUAUAUCCUUUUAUUGCAUAACUGAUAUUGAUAUUAUUCAUAUGGGUAAGUAGGUAAUUAAGGAAACAAAUACCAGAAUUAAGGUUUUGAGAAUUAGAAAAUGUAUUCAGAUUUUGAAAUAUUAAAAUAUCAGGCAUCAUAAAAGUGGCUGGGGAAAGAGAGAAUGGAGGAGGUGACUGAAUUUAAAUAUUUGGGAAUAGUUUUAUGUAAGCAUGGAAGUAUGGAAGGUGAGGUGAGGGAAAGAGCAGUGAAGGCAGACAGGCAGUAGGUGCAUUAGAGAGUUAUGAGAGGAAGAAGUGUGAGCAUGGGGGUAAAAAGGGUUACAAGGAACAGUAUUAUCCUGCCAACUGUAUCAUAUGCAUCAGAAAUGUGGAAAUGGAAUGUGGCACAGCAAUCGAGAAUACAUGCAGUGAAAAUGAGUUAUAUAACAGGUGCAUGUGGCAUUUUAGGAUGGGAUGGGGAAAGUAAUGAAAGCGUGUAUGAGUGGUUUGGUAUGGGUAUGACAGUGAAGGGAGUGGAUUGCGGAAUGGUAGAAUGGGUGAAGCGUGGUACACUGAGAUGGUUUGGACACGUGAUAAGAAUGAAGGAGAAUAAAUUUGUGAAGAGAGUGUAUGAGUGAAGGAUUAAGGGACAGGGAGUCAGGGGAAGACCACCUGUGAAGUGUAUCAAUAGGGUGAGUGAGUAUUGGAGCAGAGAGUUAAAAGUAGCAGGGUUGAAUGUGCUGAGAGGGAGUGCCAGAACGUGGAGAGAUGGAGACACUUCUGCCAUGGCCACCCCCUGGAGGGAGGUUCCCAUUAGGGAACAGGAUGUCAGAUAUAGAUACAGAUAAAAGUGCUGAUGGUGCAGUUUAGCACAAAAUUCAGGGAGGCCUUCUAACUGUCAUGUCAGAAGUUUUCUCAAGGGUUUGUGAACACAGACACUUGGUGAUCAUUGUAGGGAAGAGUAAGGUUAUGGGUGACAAGGUGGGGGUAAAUGGAAGGGUGUGUAGCACUUGUGGAAGGGGGAAGCCAUUGCUAGUUGACUUGUUGGUGUUCCACUGAGUCUCACCUUCCUGCACCAAUUUGCCUUGAUGACUUACCAAAGACUACUUACUGUGCCAUGAUGAGUGUUUAGGAAAGACUGGAGGUGUUUCCAAGGGUAUAUAUUGCCCAUGUUUAGUCAGCUCUGCAUGUGUCUGUGGUCUGCCACCAGGAGUGGACACCCAAGACAGAUUCGGUACACAGAUGGUUUGAUGGUUUCACAUUUGGAAGGCACAAGCAAGGUGAUAUUGUAUUUAAUACUAAGAUAUGUUUAUUAUAAUUGCUACUUUCCUGAGCACACAGCACAGAUUACAUCCAGCACUGGACCCAGACAUUGGCAGCUCAUAAAGUGUGUUGGUGGCCAGUUAGAAUGUUGUCUAAGUUUUGGGGCCUUAUUGCUCGCUCAGCCACGGCUAUCAUGGCUCACCGCCUCUCCUAGCACAGGACCAAGGUAAAGAAGGGGAUUCCGACAUGCCAAGACUUCACUGCUGGUGAGUUGUUAAUCAUAAUGCAGGUAUAUAUAUGAAUAUUUUUCAUUGACAAAGUGAUGAAAAGCU